UCAGGAAGCGCAGAGCGACCGGACACUGAACGACCGAGUCGAGACAAACAGGUCGUUUCUUCUUCUUCUUCUUCACCUUCACCUUCACCUCGUUUCCACACGACAGGAAGUGGAAACUUUGAGACCGCAGCUGUCAGUCAGAGGACGAGAGAGUCGUCCAGGUGGAAGCCCCUGAACCACCACAGCAGCCAUGACGUCCAAAGCAAAAGAAACAAUUGUCAGCAAGCUGGGUUUCAAAUCCAGCAGCUCCUCGUCCAAGGCUGAGGCCGAGCUGGAGAAAGUCCGGAAGGAGAACGCUCACCUGAGGAGGAAGAUCGAUGAGGUGGCCAAACGACACGUCCGCCCCCCCGACUCAGACAACAGCAAGCUGCUGGAGAGGAUUCUUAACCUUGAGACGCUGCGGGAGAGGAACAACCAGCAAUUGCUGGUUAAAGAACAGGAUCUGGAAACUCUGAGACAGCAGCUGUCAGCUAGAGGAGGAGAGGUGGUGGCGUCACUGCAGGCCCAGCUGGAGCAGCGCAGGAAGGAGGCAGAGCGGCGAGACACGCUGUUCCAGAGCAUGUCACAGGAGACGGAGAACCUGAAAAACAAGCUGACGAGUGUGACUGCACGCUGCCAGUCCCUGGAAACACAGGUGACGCAGAAUGGACAGGCUCCUCCCGCCGACUUGGCUCUGGUACAAGAUCAACUGAGAGAUGCUCUUGAGAAGAACCAGCAGUGGCUGAUGUACGACCAGCAGAGAGAGGCCUACGUCCAGUCGCUCCUGACCCGCACGCAGGACCUGGAGCAGCAGCUCGCUCAGGCUAAGCAAACCAAGCAGGAGGCCGGUUCAGACGCCUCUACAAACGCAGCAGAGAAGGAUGCUCAGCUGAAGAGCCAAUAUGAGCAGUUGCAGAAAGACCUGAAGAGCCAAAGAGAUCAGGUCACCAGAGGCCAGCAGGAGCUCAAUCUGCAGAGAGAACAGACGCUGAAGGCUCAGACCGAGCUGCAGGCCCAGAAGGAGCAGGUGACCCGGCUCCGGGACGAGAUGCUGGUGCUGCAGAGGAGGCACGAGGACAAGAGCAGCCAGCUGUCGUCCUUCCUGGGAAAGUACGAUGACAAGAGCAAAGAGCUGGACGAGGUCAAGAUGCAGCUGCAGGCAGAGCGACACAGCAACAGACACGCAGUGUGCGAGGAGAGAAAGGUGUCGUCUGAGCGGACAGACCGGAUGAGAGAGGAACUGGAGAGUGUGGACGACCGACUGGAGGAGGAGAGGAAGAGAUCUGCUGAACUUCUACUGCAGGUAAAUAUGCUACAGAAGUCUCUUCUGAGCCAAAAUGAGGAGCAGAGAAGAAUCACAGCACUGGAGCAACAGAUCCAAUUCUCGGCCAAGGACUUCGAGGAUGAGAAGAUCGAUCGUCAGAACAUGCAGCACCAGUUGCAGAAGGUGCUGAAGGAGCUCCGCAAGGCUCGUGAUCAGAUCGCCAAACUGGAGUCGGCUAAACAGCCCAAUGCCCGUUUCUCCGAGCCCAGCUCCUACAACAGGUUUGAGUUUGAGCGUCUGACCAUCGAUGACCCCACGUCUCCAUCCAAAGUCUCCAACCUCCUGGACGAGAGUUUCUUGGAGUGUCCAAAGUGUCAGGCCUCGUAUCCCACCAGCCGCCACAGGGAGCUCCUCACACACAUGGACUUCUGCCUCGCCUAAACUCACACAGAGCCCAGAUCAGUGGCUUCCAGUCAUGCAACAUUCAUGAUACAUACAUGUUUUAAUACUCCAGAUAUCUACAGAAACUUCAAAUAUAAAAAGGGAAAAAACUUCUACCUAGCUGGGUGAUAGAGGCACGCUGCCAGUAGCUGUUUCCAAUCAUGGACAUUCACGUUAUCACAUAUAAAAACCCUCCAGAUUUGUUUAAGAGAACAUCCAGUGCAUGUCCGAAAGCAGCUAGUGGGUAACAUCAUCUUUUUUUUUUAAUGGAUCACAAACCUGAGGGGUCGGGAACCACUGUACCAGAUCAGGAGAUCAGUUCUAGACCUUACAGGAAAAUCAAAUCUAUUGAAUCUGCUCCAAUGUGAAAUCCAAAACUUUCCAACAGUGAAUGAAAGCUAUUUUUAAACUCUCAGAAAGCUAC